UCUCUGCGUUCCCUUUAAAUGGGCCUGUUUCGUCCAUUAGGGAGUUGAUAGUGCAAUCUCCAGCUUCGAUUUUCGAGAGCAGUCAGGAAUUGCACAAUGGCCCCUUCCGGACCGUACGCUGUCCUGGACAAGAAAAUUCCUUUCUUCCGCAUUAUCUUCGACAGCGGUUUUAUCACCCAAGAUAUCCUAAACCACCGGUAUGAAGGCGCUGGCACCGACUCUCAGCCAUAUCUUGUGACCUGGUUGACCGAUGACCCUCGCGAUCCGAUGCAGUUCCGUCCUGCCACGCAAUGGGCUCUCAACGUGCUCGCCACUCUGGGCACCUUUGUCGUCUCGCUCUGCUCUUCAGCGUAUUCGGCUGGACUGACCGACAUCACACAGGACUUCGACAUCUCGGAAGAGGUCGCACUCCUUGGGUCGUCGCUCUUCGUGCUCGGGUGGGCGAUCGGCCCUUUGCUGUGGGGUGCACUGAGUGAGGCCUAUGGACGUCGAAGCAUCAUGCUGGCCAGCGGCGUGUUCCUGACAGCUUUCACCGCGGGCUCUGCAGCCGCCUCCACCAUUGUGGGGGUGCUUGUACUCCAAUUUCUUGCCGGUACUUUCGGGUCUGCGUCGGUGUCUGUCCCGGCUGGUGUGGUGGCCGACGUAUUUCCGCCCCUGACCCGAGGGGUGGCCAUGGGAUUCUAUGCGUCGAUUCCCUUCUUGGUAUUCGUGGGGCCAAUUAUUGGAGCUGUGAUUGAUGUACAAGGUGGUUGGCGGUGGAUCCAGGGUGCCAUGGCCAUCAUCUCGGGAUUCACCACGCUGGCCAUGUUCUGGCUGCUCCCAGAGACCUAUGCGCCUGUCCUGCUGGCCCGUCGCGCCAAUCGGUUGACAAGAGCCACAGGCCGUGUGUAUCGCAGCGCAACGGCCACGCGACAGAGUGUUGAUUUGCGUGACCUUCUUCUCCGGCCGUGGGGGAUGCUCUUUCGCGAACCGAUCGUCCUGCUCCUAGCGCUCUACGUCGGCAUCAUCUUCGGCUUGCUCUAUAUGUCCUUUGCCGCCUACCCGAUCGUCUUCCAGCAGAUUCGGGGCUGGAACGCAAUCGAUACGGGACUGAGCUACUUCGGAAUGCUGGUAGGGGUCCUAGUCGCCGUUCCCCACGUCUACAUCUCCCAAUCCCGUUACGCGAAGAUGCUGGCCUGCCAGGAAUCAGCCCGCCUGCCGCCGGAAGUGCGCCUCUUGGACUCAUUCCUGGCAACGAUUGCCCUUCCCGUGGGCUUGUUCUGGUUUGCGUGGACCAUCGUGCCCGUGAGCCUUCCCUGGGUCGUCCCCCUUCUGGGGAGCGUUCUCGUUGGCUACAGUCAACUCAUGAUCUCCAUCACCUGCUACAACUAUCUGCUCGACUCAUAUACCAUCUUCGCCGCGUCUGUCAUGGCGGACUGCAACAUCCUGUUUUCGGUCUUCUCGGCUGCCUUUCCGCUGUUUACGACGCAGAUGUACGAGAGCUUAGGGCCACGGUGGGCGGCUUCGGUGCCGGCGUUUCUGUCCCUGGCGUGUGCACCGAUUCCCUUUCUGCUGUAUAGAUACGGUGCAUUGAUCCGCGCGCGGUGCGCGUAUGCUGUAGAGGCGGCGGCGCACCUGGAUCGAGUGGAUGGGGUGCCGGUGGGUGAGAUUUGACAGGCGGGAGGUACGCUGGCAGGGCUGAGCAUUCGUUUAGACUAGAUCUUGAUAGAAU